CUAGGGGAAUAAUAUUACGUCAUACAGCCUUAACCAGGAAGUAAGAAAAACAACAAUCGGCGAGAAGAGUGACACGAUAACCUGUAGUUAGCCUGAAACGUUUUAAAAGGACCUUAUUUCCAUAUAGUUUAGAGUUUUAGAUCCCAGAAUGUCCGUGUUUGGGAAGCUGUUCGGCGGUGGGGGCAAAGGAGGGAAAGGGCCGAGUCCACAAGAGGCGAUUCAGAAACUCCGAGACACAGAGGAGAUGUUAGCGAAGAAACAGGACUUUCUAGAGAAAAAGAUUGACCAGGAACUCAUAACUGCAAAGAAAAACGGCACUAAAAACAAACGAGGUGAGUCGCCAACUAACAUCACAUGUGCAUCGUCACGAUUCUUGUCUAACUUGGCUAGCUAAUGAAGCUAGCUAUUUAAAGUUCGCCUGUUUGUUAACGUUAGCUGCCUUGGCUAGUUAGCCAGAUAGUUGCUAACUUUCCGAGCGGCCACGGCUGUCACUGAAUAGUCAGGUUGCCAGGCUCGCCCUAUCUCGUUGCCACAACUGUUACAUUUUAGUCAUUUAGCGUGUUAGAACAGCAAAGAUUCAUUAUACCCGUGUAAAGGUGCGUUUUGUGUUAGUGACUCUGGUAUCAAAAGUCUGGAUACAGCAUCAACAAGUUACGGAAUUGUGUGUGAAUCAUGAAUUUGCCUGUUCCUCAAGAUAAGGGAAGGGGCCACCCGUCCAUUCAGACAGUAUCGACUUAAUAAUAAUUUAUUACAUUGUUAAAGCGCUUUUCAUUAUACAGAAUAAUCUCAAAGUGCAUAAAAUACAAACCAAAUAGAAGAAGAAAAAAAACUAGACACGGCAACUUCACAGUUAUGACUAAACUAAACACCCAGUUACCAGUGUUGCCAAUUUAGCGACUUUGUCGCUAUAUUUAGCGAGUUUUCAGACUCCUCUAGGGACAUCUUUUUUUUUUAAAGCGACUAGCGGCAAAUCUAGCGACUUUUUCUGGUGUUAAUGGAGACUCUGACGUGAAAGCAGGUAUCGUUCUUACUCUUCUCAACGAGCAGCGGGUGCUUUGUUACCGCCGUCCCAAAGCACUCACAGGCCGCCCAGUCCUCACGCAGCAGUCCCUCCCAGCUGGAGAUGUUCACCAUUCCGCGUCCAGACUGCAAAUGAAUCGCGCAUGCGGGAAGCCGCCGCUGGCUGAUCCCGCCCUGGCUUACAUUCAGGGCGGGAUGUAAAUGUAGGGUGUUUUUUUACGCACUUUUUGUCUCUCCCACCACUUUAUUCCUCUCUCUUACAGCUUCCACACAAUUACAUGCACAUGGCCCAUUAUGCAAAUUAGGUGAUGGCGUCAUUUAGCGACUUUUAGGACAGCCAAUAGCUGUUACACGGCCUGUAGUGAUGAUUAGUAACCUAAUUCUGAUGGCUGACAGAGGCUCCAAGUGACUCCUGUCAUUGGUCGCGUUCCCCUGUUCAGACGUUUCAUGCAUUAACCAGUGGUUGCGUGCUACGUCAUCGACUGUGUCAUCGACUGACAGAUUGCUAUAAAAUAGGAUGGGGUUAGCUGAGACAUAAAAUACCUAUCCGGGCGUUGUAAAAUCUGGCAUGCGUCAGCAACGCCUGGGCAGAGGAACACGCCCAAUGUCUUCAGUGGUGUUCAUGACAUAGGCUAGCAUAGCCCAAUAAUGGACUAAAGGAGCCUUACUCCUUAUAGUCCGAGGACCUUACAUGUUCUGUUUAGAGGCAAAUUGGUGAAUUUAACCUGUUUUAACACAGUUGCAGUUUACAGUAUUCUUCAGUGACAGCAUGUGUGUGGCAUCCGUCUUCCAUUUACACACAGGAGUUCGGAGACCCAGAUAGCUAAUUAGUACAGGUAAUCGACUCAGUUUUUCAUAAACAAGCGCUGUAACAUGGACAUUUAGCCGUGUGGGAACCCUAACAAAAUAAAGGUGUGUGGUAAUUUAACAUUUAGCUUUUCGAAAAUUAUUUCUCGCUGAUAUGAAAGAUAAAUUCCUUAUGUUUCCAAAACCGUACCGCAAGCGAUGCGUUUUAACGUUCAGAAUGAGCACCGAGCUCUUAACCAAACUCCCCUGGCCAGAAUAUACUAUCGUUAAUAGGCGCUAAAGGCAGUUAGCGUCUAUGAAUGGGUUAAACAUUGAUCUGUGACAAAAUAUAAACGCAACAUGCAACAAUUUCAAAGAUUUUAACUGAGUUACAGUUCAUAUAAGGAAAUCAGUCAAUUGAAAUAAAUAAAUUAGGCACUAAUCUAUUGAUUUCACAUGACUGGGAAUACACAUAUGCAUCUGUUGGUCACAGAUACCUUAAAAAAAAAAAGUAGGGGCGUGGAUCAGAAAACCAGUCAGUAUCUGGUGUGACCACCAUUUGCCUCAUGCAGCGCGACACAUCUCCUUCGCAUAGAGUUGAUCAGGCUGUUGAUUGUGGCCUGUGGAAUGUUGUUCCACUCGUCUUCAAUGGCUUUGCGAAGUUGCUGGAUAUUGGUGGGAUCUUAAACACGCUGUCAUACACGUCGAUCCAGAGCAUCCCAAACAUGCUCAAUGGGUGACAUGUCUGCAGAGUAUGCAGGUCAUGGAAGAACUGGGACAUUUUCAGCUUCCAGGAAUUGUGUACAGAUCCUUGCGACAUGGGGCUGUGAAUUAUGCUGAAACAUGAGGUGAUGGCGGCGGAUGAAUGGCACGACAAUGAGCCUCAGGAUCUCGUCACAGUAUCUCUGUGCAUUGAAAUUGCCAUCGAUAAAAUGCAAUUGUGUUCGUUGUAUGUAUGUCUGCCCAUACCAUAACCCCACCACCACGGGGCACUCUGUUCACAACGUUGACAUUAGCAAACCGCUUGCCCACACAACACCAUACACGUGGUCUGCGGUUGUGAGGCAGGUUGGACGUACUGCAGAACUCUCUAAAACGACGUUGAAGGUGGCUUAUGGUAGAGAAAUGAACAUUCAAUUCUCUGGCAACAGCUCUGGUGGACAUUCCUGCAGUCAGCAUGCCAAUUACACACUCCCUCAAAACUUGAGACAUCUGUGGCAUUGUUGUGACAACUUCACAUUUUAGUAGCCUUUUUUGUCCCCAGCACAAGGUGCACCUGUGUAAUGAUAAUGCUGUUUAAUCAGCUUCUUUAUAUGCCAUGAACCUACUAACCACUUCUAUUCCCCUUUCACUAUGCACAGCGGCCCUGCAGGCCUUGAAAAGGAAGAAGCGGUAUGAGAAGCAGCUUACCCAGAUUGAUGGCACAUUGUCCACCAUCGAGUUCCAGAGGGAGGCGCUGGAAAAUGCCAACACCAACACUGAAGUGCUCAAGAACAUGGGCUUUGCCGCCAAGGCAAUGAAGGCUGCCCAUGAAAACAUGUAAGCAAGGGGCACAUUACUUGUUUAUUAGCUUUGGCCAGGUGCAGUCAUACAGCUUUUGUAUUUAUUCAAAUCUUUAUGUUCCCCUGUCCUUUUGUUUUAGGGACAUAGACAAAGUAGAUGAUUUGAUGCAAGACAUUACUGAGCAGCAGGAGCUGGCGCAAGAGAUCUCAGAUGCCAUCUCAAAACCUGUAGGCUUUGGAGAGGAGUUUGAUGAGGUAGGUGACAUUAACUUGUGUUGCACAUUAUUCUUUAUUUGUCUUAUCAGUGCUGUUAGUUCAAUAGUUGACCAGAUAUCACAGAAUUUUUUAAAAAAAUAUAUGCCAUUUAGCAGACGCUUUUAUCCAAAGCGACUUACAGUCGUGCGUGCAUACAUUUUUGUGUAUGGGUGGUCCCGGGGAUCGAACCCACUACCUUGGCGUUACAAGCGCCGUGCUCUACCAGCUGAGCUACAGAGGACCAGAUAUCUCAGAGACUGGAUGUUCUGUUUGUCUUGCAUCAUAGGAUGAACUCCUGGCAGAGUUGGAUGAGCUGGAACAAGAGGAAUUGGACAAAAACUUGCUGGAGAUCGGCGGGACAGAAGAUGUCAGUCUACCCAAUGUGCCUUCUACUUCAUUACCCACCAGACCUGGUGAGUCCUUUUGGAAUAUACAGUAAUAUGCAAUAAAACAAGGAAAUCCUCCAUGGGAACAUUUUAUGCCAUGGUUACUGUCCCAACAGAACAUUAAAUAACUAAUUGAUCUAUUGUAAUUUACCCCUUUAUUGCUGUAAAACCUUAAUAUUUGCCACGUUUACUCAAUUAAUUCACAAUAUCUGUAUGCGUUUUUUCUUUUAGCCAAGAAGAAGGAUGAAGACGAGGAUGACAUGGAGGACUUACAGCGCUGGGCGAUGGAGGCCAUGUAGUUCCAUUACUGACACCACCUGCUGUAGAGGGAAAGAAAGGACUUAUGAAAUACUGAAUAUGGUUGUUUUGUGUACAAGGAGAACCAACCACCUUCUAAAACUAGCACUACAAAGGCCAAUGCUGUAGGUUCUGUUUCCCGCCCAAAACCAGAGAAAGGGUACCAUGGCCUUGCAUAAAAAGUGGAAGUAUAGAACCUGUAUAAAAGCUAUAAACAGGAUGUUUGAAUCAGAAUACAUUUGUUUCUACAAAAAAGUUUUACAUCAACCCCCACUCUUGCAUUUGGGCAGUUAUUGUAAUAUCACUGAACUGUUCUAUUGCCUUUGUCUGUGGGAUGCUAUGAACAGCACUCAAAGACAAAUUUACUUUUUAGUACAUGGGAGUUGCAAUGUCUAUUUUUCAGACUUAAACAUAUUUACUGUUUGGUGGGCGUGGGCUGGAUGUUUUUAUUAGUACUUACUUUUUGUUUGUAAUUUCUACCAAAAUAGGAUGAAAAAUGAGCAUGCUCUCAUGGUAACGUUUAGAAUGGUCUAUUUUCAGGAUUGUUAUUCUGAAACUUUUGUUUUACAACAUUUUGACUAUUCCAUCUCCAAAGCAUCCUCACCAUGUGACACUUGUGAUUUGAAGUAAAUAUCUAAAUCAUUUAUAUUUUUGCUGUCACACAAGGUUUUCUUCAUGUUGUGCUAAGCAUGCAAUGAGGGGAAAAUCUUAAUACACCGCACGGCUUUUGAGAAAGACUAACCCCACCCUGUUCUGUUGUCUUUUCUGAAAAAGUUUAUUUUUAAUUGUAUGUUGAAAAAAAUGUCUACUUAUUAACUGCAGCAAAAAAUAUGAUGGUUUGUAAUGAAUAGACUAGUAGAUACAGUAUCAACAUUUUGGAUUUGAGGAUUAGUUGUAUUUUUUUUAAACAAUGUAUUUUUAAAAUAAAUACUACAUAGCAAAAAAAUAUGUAACAAGGAUAAGCAUGUUUGCAUUUCUAUGGUUUAUUUAUCCAGAUGAGAAUAUUAUUUGGCAAAUAAUUAAAGUUUUUGAUUAUUUUAUUGUGGUUGCUUUUCUUGCUUAGGGAUCAGUGUACAAAACAAUAAGAGAAUCUGUGAAUUCAAAGCUCAAUAAAGUAUAAAAGCUUUAUUUUAUUACUUUGAAAUCA